AUGGGGACACAAACAAACAAAGGGUUUUUCUAUGAUGAAUUUCUGAAGGUUCUGAAAGAACAACAAGUCGAUGUAAGGCUAAUGGCACGGGACAGUGAGAAGGAUGCAGCUAUCUCUGCUCAUAAGCGUAUUCUGUCUGCAAGAUCAGAAGUGUUUGAGGAGAUGUUUGAAUCAGAUAAAUACAAAGCUUCGUCCAAGCUGGAGACAAUCACUCUCUCAGAGAUGAAACACGAAGUGUUGGAGGCUUUCGUUGACUUCACCUACAGCGACGGCUCUAUGCUUUCAGAGAAAGCUAAGCAACACGCUAUGUCACUCUAUAGCGCAGCCAAAGAUUAUGAAAUUCCGCGUUUAUGGUGCUUAUGCAGAAAGGAGCUUAUAGCAUCUCUUAACAUGUCGAAUGCUCUUCGAGUUCUUCAGCUCGCCCAAAUUCCAUAUGACGAAUCCCUCAGUGUCGCGGCAUUCACCACUAUCAAAAACAGCAAACUUAAGCUUUCUAGCUCUACUAAGGUCAAGGUUUUCGUCGUCAAUCACCCGAAUGGUCCCCUUGAGAUAACGAGGGCUAUUUUUCCUCGUAAUUGA